AAUAAACCCUCGCAAAACCUCAAAAAUGGCGGCAAGUUUCACUUCAUCAUUCGCCAGCUGCAUAUUCUCUUCAAUUCUGUGCACUCCAAGCUGGCGCAAAAGCUUUGGAACUUCAGCCACAGUUGCUCAGACGUGCCGCCGCUUAGUAAAAAUUCACCAACAAAGCUUGGGUGCAUCUUCUCGGAUCAGAAGCUUCAGCUGCGCCUUAUCUGCUUCUUCUGAUUUGAAGCCUGCUCCUUGCACUGUUUCCUCUAAUGAGCCUAUUAAAUACGAGCGCUUACUUCCAUGCCCCUCACAGAAUUUCCCUCCUAGAGUAGAGCACUUAGUUGUUAUGAGGGAAGGACCUGUUCUGGAAUACAUCAGUGAAGCAUUGGAUCUUCCUCAGAUAUAUGUGGCAGAUCUCAUUCAUUUUGGAGCUGUAUAUUACGCUUUAGUAUGUCCAAAGCCUCCACCAACUGCCACAACUGAGCAAAUUAAAUUAUAUGAAGAAGUUACAGCUCCAUCAGUUCUAAAGAAGAGAGCUUCAGUUAAAGGCAAAACUGUACGGGAAGCACAGAAAACAUUCCGUAUAAGUUCUGCUCACGACAUUGUUGAAGCAGGAACUUACCUGCGGGUGCAUGUACACCCAAAACGCUUUCCUAGGUGCUACGAAAUUGAUUGGAAGUCUAGAAUUAUUGCCGUGGCUGAAUCCUAUGUGGUUUUGGACAAACCUGCUGGUACAUCUGUGGGAGGAACAACAGACAACAUCGAAGAAAGCUGUGCUACAUUUGCUACUUACGCAUUGGGAUUAGCAACUCCAUUGCUUACUACCCAUCAGAUUGAUAAUUGUAGUGAAGGAUGUGUUGUGUUGGCUCGAACAAAGGAGUACUGUUCAGUGUUCCAUGGAAAAAUCAGGGAAAAAAAGGUGAAAAAGCUUUAUCUUGCUCUCACUGCUGCUCCUGUCCCAACUGGGAUAAUGACACAUUACAUGCGUCCUAUUAAUACUGCCCCAAGAAUUGUUUCUGAAGAUUUUGUCAAAGGAUGGCAAAUAUGCAAACUUGAGGUCUUGGAAUGCAAGAAGAUACCCUGGCCCAAGAGUUCAAUUGAAAGGGAAUAUAGUAUUGAGGAUUGCGGAUGGCCCUCUAAGGAAUUUGCAUAUGAGUGUAAAAUUGACCUUCUGACUGGUCGGACUCAUCAGAUCCGAACUCAAUUGGCUGCAUGUUUUGCACCUAUAGUUGGUGAUUCAAUGUAUAUGCCUGCUGCUAUUGCUGAGAUGAUGAGUCCAGGGUGUAACCCAUUUGGAAAGAAUAGAAAACAAUAUGCAAGCGAAAAUGAUAAAGAACUUGCUAUUGAAGAAUGGAUUACACAACAUGGUAAGGAGCCCAGUAUUGCCGUUGGCCUUCAGGCGUGCCAAAUUUCAUGGGAGGAUGAUGGAGAGCACCUUUAUGAGGCCAGAUCUCCCUGGUGGAGGUCAUAACCUAUAGAUGUUAGUAGCUGAAUGCACCAGACUACCAGAGUUCCAAUUGAGGACACUCAAUUUUAGUGCAAGGCACUUUUCUGAAUCAUCAUAUCUUAUGUGUUCCCUUUUGAGCCCUCCGUUUGUUUUUACUUCAUAACCACAAAUAUUGACAGCCGCUGCAUGUGCUAGAAUAAUGUUGUGCCCGACAAGGAAAGGCUCUCUUUCUGAAUCUCCUCGAGUACAAUUUCCAUACGGUUUGGAACAACGAUUUGGUGGGUAAUCACCAGAGCGGUAUCCCAAAGGAACAUACAUAUUUGGCUCAUUGAAGGUAACCCAGUACUUCACCCUAUCUCCAAAGUUUUUGAAGCAAAUAUCUGCAAAAUAUCCAAAGUCUUCCCUGAAAGGGAAGUUGAAAGCUGUAAUGUAAUUUCUGAGUAAGCAUUUUCAUAAACUAAUACUGUGUCACUCACUGCAUUUUGGGGCUUAGCCAUGAUUGAUAUCUGUUCUCGAGUUCUUGAGGGAUGUCAAAAUGAUUCAACAGGACAAAUGGUUGAAUGCCUGUGUGCACAAACUAGUUAUUUCUUGAAAACCACUGUGCUCAUACGCCGUUUGUACUACGUAUUUGUCAGUUUUGACAAUUCAUUUUGUCAAUAAUUAUGUUUUUUUACUUUU